AUGGCAUCGAGACACUUGAGUGCCGAUCAAUUAAAUCAGAUACAGUUUGAGUCGGGAUUUUCGACAUUUCGCAUCGAUUAUUUGUUGGGCCAAUAUGAGAGUCUGGAUCGGGAUGGUGAGGGGCGAGUGUUGCGCAGUGAGUUGUUGAAGGUGCCACCGAUUGCGGCACAUCCACUUGCCGAUCGACUGGUCGAUGUCUAUUUGCAUCCAUCGCAUGGUUUCCGUCAUUUCAUCUAUGGAUUGUCGCGUUUUCGACGCAGCGAAUCAUUGGAAUUGAAAUUGCAAUCGCUGCUGCAAAUGUUCGACUCGGAUGGCAAUGGAAUUCUCAAUGAGAAUCAGUGUAAUGAACUUUUGCUCUGUUUGCCGGCAACGCGACAUGAACUUCGCUCCAUGCGCUGGAAACUCAAACAAUUGAUGGCUGCCCAAUUGAUGGAGACGAAGGAUAUUCCACUGGAUGUGGGCUAUAUCAAUUGUCAGGAUUUGGCAUAUAUAACCAGGGAUGUGGAUCUCGAUCAGACGCUCUCACUGCGCUUCGACUGA